GCUACCGCAUGCUACUACGAUGAUAACCCCCGCUCGAAACAAUUAUUAUCGAUCCAUCGAUAAUACCAAAAUUCAGGUUAUCUCACAAAGGAAAUGACCAGAAACACUAUCAAAGUUUACGCAAGAUUAAAACCACAAACUAAUCAACAACAUUCUUUAAAAUAUCGCAUACUUCGUCGAUCGAACGAUCGCAAGACGGAUUCGUUGGUUUUGUUGGCACCUUUCAAGCCCGACGAAUUUAUCGAUCAUCGUCCCGAAUCAUGGAUCUUUUCGUUUCAUCGUAUCAUCGAGGAAGAGGCCAAUCAGCAAGAUGUGUUUGAAAAUAUUGGUCGACCUGUGAUCGACAGCGUCCUCAAUGGUUACAAUGGUACGGUCUUCGCCUAUGGCCAGACAGGCAGUGGCAAGACUUAUACGAUAACGGGCCAAAUUUCAUCGAACAAAUGCCAAGGUAUCGUGCCAAGAAGUCUAAGUUAUCUCUUCGAUUUCAUUAAAAUGCAUCCGGAAAACAUUUAUUCCGUGGACGUGGCUUAUCUGGAAAUCUACAAUGAAUACGGUUACGACUUGCUCGAUCGAAAACAGCAACAGCAACAACAACAACAACAGCAGGUGCAGGUGCAACAAGCUAUGCGUUUGGAAGAUUUACCACGUGUCAGGAUUCAAGAGGACGAAAAGGGGAAACUGCAUCUGAAGAAUCUGACCUUCCACAAUGUAAAGAGUGAAGACCGAGCUAUGGAGUUGUUUCUUAUCGGCGAUUCGCGUCGCGUUACAGUUGACACUCCUACGAAUCCCCAAUCAUCGAGAUCACAUUGUAUAUUUACCAUCGUCGUAUCGAUAAAACAAUUUGGCGCUAAUCGUUAUAAAAAAGCUAAAAUGCAUUUGGUCGAUCUUGCAGGAUCCGAACGAGUUUACAAGUGUGAGAUUAGCGGGACCGUUUUGACCGAAGCAAAACAUAUUAAUCUCAGUUUACAUUAUUUAGAACAAGUAAUAGUCUGUUUGAAUCAGGAAAAUUCAAGUCACAUACCUUACAGAAAUUGUUUACUAACCGCUAUUCUGAGAGACAGUCUCGGUGGUAAUUGCAUCACGACGAUGUUGGCUACGUUGAGUAUAUCUUCUGUUAACCUUCAGGAAACUAUAUCCACUUGUAGAUUUGCACAAAGAGUUGCUUUAGUUAGAAACGAAGCUAAAUUGAUAUUAGAUCAUGAUUUGGAUAGUGAGAAUAAACUUUUACAAUUGGAGAAUGAAAAACUUCGUAAACAAAUCGAGGAAUUAAAAAAUACGUUAUCAUUGCAAGACAAUAAAGAUCGUCAUGAUGAAAAAUUAGAUUAUUAUAAAAAUUUAGUGAUGCAAAGAGAUCAAGAAAUUUCUGUGCUUCUCGGUUUGUUGAAAAAAGCCAAAGCUAAACUAGCUCAGCCAGAAGAUUUGAACAAAAUGGUAAUAAAAUCUAAAUUGAAGAUAAGAUCAAAAGAAAGUAUAGCCGAACGUUUGUCAAAGACAACUACUAAAGUACUCGAACCUAUAGAAAAACAUGAUGUUGAAAAUAAUACACUAUUCGAAAUCAAACAUUCUAAUUUGUUAGAAAAAUCUUUGGAAGAAAAAUCAAUAAUUGAAGAAAAUAUUGAAAAAAAAGAUAUUCCUUUCAAUGAUUCGUCAAAGGAAACUAAUUCGUUAAAACAAUCAUUUAAUUUAGGUACAAGUAAUAUAGAAAAGGAUUUAGAAGUGAAGAAAAUCGAUGAAAAUGUAGAUGAUAAUGAUAUGUCUUGCGUACAUUCGAAUGAAACGAGUGUAAAUCAAUUGUGUAAUUUAAUAAUAAACAACGAUAAUCUUGUAAAUAAUUCCAUAACGAACGACGAUCAAUUAAUAGAAAGACAACAUAUCGAAGAAAAAGUUAAAUCUAAUAACAUUGAUAAUGAUUUAGAGAAAAAUUUACCAUUGACCGGUGAUCCAGAGAUCGACGAAGAGAUCAUUGCGUUUUAUAAAGCUAAACGAUCUGGUGGAAUUUAUUAAUACAAUAAUUUCAAUAUUUUACAACAUAUAUAAUGAAUACAAUCGAAAUAUUCAUAUUA